CGUGACGUCAGUGUGUUCUGCUGUUGUGAUUGGCAGGUGAUAGAGCAGCACGUGGACGGACGCUGGAAGGGCCACAUUCAUGACACCCAGAGGGGAACAGACAGAAUUGGCUACUUCCCCCCCUCCAUAGUCGAGGUCAUCAGCCGACGCUCAGGGGGCACCCUGUCACGACACGCCUCUCUGCCCACCCAUAGGCAGCAGCUGCUCUCCAGGUCCGCCCUCAGUCCCAGCUUGAGUCUGAGCGGGGGCGGGACCCCUCAAACUGACGACUCCUACACUCUGUACACCGCUAACCCACACUUGGUCCUCCCACACUCCAACGGUCUGAGCACCAACCCAGCUGGGGACAGGAACAGUGUGGGCAGCACUGGCAGUGUGGGCAGCACCCGCAGUGCAGGCAGUGGCCAGAGCACAGAAAGCAACAGCGCCCCCAAUGGACCACAGCAACACACCACCAGCCCUGACACCAGCAAGGCAACGCCCUCUGCUGUGGAUUUACUACAGCCAGAUCAUAACAAACUUCCAGACACAUCCACAGGAGUUCCUCACAGACCUGUGCUGCCCACACAGAGGCCAGGAGAGCAGGGUUUCUCUCAACAGUUUGUGCGUCCUCAACAGCUGCUGGAGGGCAAGGAUGCUGAGGCCAUCUAUCAGUGGCUUAGUGAGUUUCAGUUGGAGCAGUACACUGCUAAUUUCCUCAACGCUGGCUAUGACGUACCUACCAUCAGCAGAAUGACCCCAGAGGAUCUCACGGCUAUUGGUGUGACUAAACCAGGACACCGUAAGAAGAUUUCUCUUGAGAUCGGCAACCUCAGCAUUCCAGAAUGGCUCCCAGAGUACAUACCGCAGGAUCUUGGGGAGUGGCUGAGCGCCAUAGGUCUGCCACAGUAUAAUAAGAAACUCUCAGAGAACGGCUAUGACUCGAUAAACAUUGUCCGAGAUCUCACAUGGGAAGACUUGCAGGAGAUUGGCAUCACCAAACUAGGCCAUCAGAAAAAAAUGAUGCUUGCGGUGAAGAGGUUGUGCGAUAUUCAUAAGGCUAUUAUGCAGGCAGAAUCAGGGCAGAGCACACUGCGGCGCAAAACCCCCACGGCCCUGGACCUGGUCACUAUUGAGCCGCCUCCUGAGAGCGGCGACCUCCCCUCACCCCACACGCCCAAGAUGAUGACUUUCCAGGACAGUGAGCUGAGUACUGAGCUACAAAGUGCCAUGUCCUCCCACUACAGUGGCUGUCAGGAUGGACUGGCCAUCAAGAACGCAGUAGGUAUGUCCUCCAGUCAGGAGAGCAUUGACACACGCUCUCGAGGCUCCGGACGCUCUCAGGAGCCCCCCAGCACCCCCUCCUCCACUUCCGCUGCGACCCCUUAUAGCCUCUCCCGAGAGAGCUUAACGAGCCCAGACAGCAGUCCUGCUAAAGAGCGCAACAUUCCAGAAGGCCGCGACCAGGUCUCACGUCCUCAGCUACCACAGCAGCUGCCGUUCAGUGCAUCCGCAGGCUUUAAAUACCCCGCGGUGCCUGCCAAACCCAAACUGAGCUCUGCUCCUUCUCCACAAGGCUCUCCUGUUCAUAAAACCCUCAAUUAUCCACGGUCACAAUAUAACAGUGCCACGCUUGACCGUCACACUUCUAGCGUGACCAAGAAGCGCACACAGAGUCUGUCCCGGUAUGCUUUGUCGGACGGUGAACCAGAUGAAGAUGAUGAUGAUGAAGCAGCUCAGCUGGCCAGUAUGGCCAUGCCUUCGUAUGCCACACUGAGCCGCAAGCCUACCCGUGGCCAGCUGGCACGUCUUCAGUCCGCCCACGAGCAGUCCGCCAGCCGAAGCCACUCUUUCGCCAUCAGGGCUCGGCGUAAAGGGCCUCCUCCUCCACCGCCUAAACGCCUUAGCUCCGUCAGCAGCAGCAGCACUAGUGUUGAAACUGUCUCUGACACUCCAGUAUCACCUUCUGGAGGAGUUGAGAAUGGCAGACCUGGGACCGUGAAGAGCAUCGCAGCUGCAUUAGAAACAGUCCUACCUGCGCCUACGGUGGAGCUCCUUCAGGAAACCCCUACAGCUGUUUCCAGUACCAACGAAGGGUCCAGGCGUAGACCUCUGAGUCAGACCGAAUCCACCCCAGUGUUCGCCAAAGCAGAUACCGAUAGAGCGGUAAAGUCCGACUCGGAAGAGGAGGAUGGGAGGAAGGAUUCAGGCCUGGAGAGCUCAUCCUCGCCUCAGAACAGCUCCAGCGAGUGCAUCCCCUUUGCGGAGGAAGGCAACCUCACUAUCAAACAGAGGCCCAAAGUUGGCGGGCCUCUCAAGGCAGAGACCACUUCUGAGUCGCCAGAGAAGGCCAAACCGGCCAAAACCCCUGAAGUUCCAGAGUUCAACCUUAAAGAGUCAGACACAGUAAAGAGACGGCAGAAGCCAAAAGAGAAAGAGCAGUCAAACACAGCGUCUGACAGCAGCCCAGAUGGCACAUUAGUUUUAGAGACUCAGGACACGGUGAAACUCCGCAUCAGUGAAACAGAUAUGAGUCUGCCAUGUGUGGAGCUUCCAGCCAAACCAGUGAAAGCACCUCCUCCUCUUGCUCCCAAACCUCCCAGUCCCCUGAAUUCAACACGGCACGCCUCUAAACCAGAUCCUGCUCCUGUAACAGGUACAGCCUACAAAUAUACAGCCUAUUAA